AUGCCUAACAUGAAAGCCCUCGUCUCCAACAGAAGCAUCGUCACCAGACUCAUUAACGCCUCGCGCUCUAAGGCCAUCGGCGGCCAGGGUGGUCGCGUCCAGGACGAUGUGGCGAUUCCCACCAUUUCUUCCAAUGAGAUUCUUGUCAAAGUCAAGGCUGUAGCCCUCAAUCCGACAGACUUCAAGCAUCUAGAUGUUAUCUCUCCUCCCCACUCCAUCAUCGGAUGCGAUUACGCGGGUGUGAUUCAUGAAGUGGGCGACUCUGCCAAAGGCAAAUGGAAUGUCGGCGAUCGUGUGGCCGGCGCCGUGCACGGCGGCCUGUAUCCUGACAAAGGCGCUUUCGCAGAGUACCUGAAGACCGAUGCAGAUUUGGCCUGGAAGGUUCCCGACGGCGUCAGCGACACGGACGCAACCACAUACGGAGUCUCUGCUGUGACCGCCAUGCUAGUACUCAACGUUCAUCACGGGCUCCCCUUCGUCGAUACCAAACCUGCCACUCCAAAGAAUGAAGCUAUCUUCAUCUACGCCGGAGCAACCAGUGCUGGCCUAUACCAUAUCGAGCUCGCAAAGGCCGCUGGGUAUAAGGUAGUCACAACUGCCUCGCCCCGCUCAUUCCAGUUGGUAAAAGGCUACGGCGCCGAUGCCGUCUUCGACUAUAACUCACCAACAGUCGCGGCAGACAUUAUCAAAGAGUAUCCCAACAUCACGAAGGCGGUGGAUUGCUUCUCUGAGGGCAAGUCAACGUCCAUCUGCGCUGCGGUGCUCAAGCCCAGUGGAGGCAAAGUGGUCACACUAUUGCCCAACGGCAAAUCCAGCACUCCUGGUGUAACUUACGACCUUGUGAUGUCGUACACAGCGUUCGGGCUACCCUUUCAGUGGCUACCCCCAAUUGGUCCCAAGUUUGAAGCUAGGCCACAAGAUCGCGCAGCUCUUAUUCGCUUUUACGAAACUCUGCCACAAAUUACACAUAUCCUGAAGCCCAUUCCUACCAUUACGCUGAAGAGUGGCAUGGAUGGCGUGCUGGAGGGGUUGAACAAAUUGCGGGCAGGCCAGGUAGCAGGAGGCAAACAGGUUGUCAGGUUUGAUUGA